AUGUACACCUACCAUCUCAACAAAUUGGCUGAGAAAUUCGCUGAAAUCAGAAGGAAGGACCUGAUCAACACUCAACGGAAAUUGGCAAAAUCGAGAGAAUGCAAUGCUUACAUUGAAAAUCAAAAGAUGAUUCUGGAACAGAAGACUCAAGAAGAAGUCAACGAAUUGUUUACUGCUGCCAUGGGAUCUACUCGUGCUCCAAAGAAGACGUCAAUGAAACCAGACUACUCCAAGUACCGUAUCGUCAAGAGAUCCAAGUCUUCAACAUCUUCAACACCAACAUCAUCAUCUUCUUCUUCGUCUUCUUCUCCAACGUCUCAAUAA